UCCCCUCUCCUCCUUUUCCCGAGGCACAAAUGAUUACAUCGAUAAGACACGUUGCAUAAAUAAAUAUGUUACUGUUUUUAGAUCUAAAGACGAUAACGAAAUGUUGCUAUUUAGACGAGUCGGUGCUAUACCGAUGGCGGCGCAUUUGGUUCUAAUUCUGGCUAUUUCCACCGCAGUGACAAUUUAUACCAAAUGACAUCACAGCUGGAAUGCAUGACGUGGAACCAGAUGAACUUGGGAUCCACGCUGAAGGGCCAUACGACAGGAUAUGAAAAUGAGAACCACAGUGCUCCCAUGUUAUACAGCUGUGGGGCCCAGUACAGAAUACACACCCAUGGAGUUUUUAGAGGCAUACAAGAUGUGCGCCGAGUGCCAGGCGUGGCUCCGACCAUCGUGCGGUCAGCAAGCGAGACAAAUGAGAAACGUCCCUUCAUGUGCGCCUACCCCGGCUGCAACAAGCGAUACUUCAAGCUGUCCCAUUUACAGAUGCACAGCAGAAAGCACACUGGUGAAAAACCAUAUCAGUGUGAUUUUAAGGACUGUGAACGAAGAUUUUCUCGUUCAGACCAACUCAAACGGCACCAAAGACGACACACAGGUGUGAAACCCUUCCAAUGUAAAACCUGUCAGAGAAAAUUCUCCAGAUCUGAUCAUCUGAAGACUCAUACCAGGACUCAUACAGGUAAAACAAGUGAAAAGCCUUUCAGUUGCCGAUGGCCCAGCUGUCAAAAAAAAUUUGCCAGGUCUGAUGAAUUAGUCCGUCAUCACAACAUGCACCAGAGGAACAUGACUAAACUGCAGUUGGCCCUUUAGGCAUUUCAAACAAGUGAAUAAACCAGAUGGGACAUUAUGAGCUACUGCAAACUUUAUCAGCCAUCUUCGAUCACCUCUGUCAGAGAGCUGCAGCUGUCUUCGCAUCCCAUUUGACACAAGUUAACUAAACAGUAGGAUUCUGCUCAGCUUCCAUUUCGACAUUCAGAAUUCCCUGCUCAAUAACUUCAAAAGAGUUUUAUUUGCAAUUUCAUUAAAAAAUGAGCAAGAUUACCGCAGUUUCAAGAUUACUCUAAACUAUGCUUGCACUCUGUAGGUGUUUCCAGUUUUCUGUUUUCAUUUUUGCUUGAGCUGUUCUAGGUGCAUUUUAUUGUACUCUUUUUAGUCCCGCUGUGGGUAGGGUGAGUCGUGCCAGUUGAAGGUAAGCUUCACGCUUACUGCUUUUGUGCACGUGCUGAAGUUUCCAAGUACUACAACCUCUAUCCUCUCAAGAUGAGACAGAACAAUCAGCUGAGAUACUUUUUGUAAACUUUGUAGUUGUACUGCCAAAGGGCAAGCUUUUAAACUUGGAAGCAAUGCUUCUGAAUACACAAAUCAACCCUUUUUUAAAAGAACUUAUUUCUAGAGCAGCUAGUGCUAGAUGAACGAGAACUUCUGUAUAGAAAAUAAGAAUCUUACCAGUAAGUUAACUUGUUUUUUAAAUAAUCACAUAAUCGAUCCCCCCAAACUGUUUUAUUCAUCAAAUAGCUCUAUUUCUCUCUCUCUCUCUCUUUCUGUUUUAAUGUAUUUGUUUAAAUUUAUUCCAUCAUGAGAUGCACAGAUCUCCUUUACACAAAAGUGAUUCCAAUCAUUGUAGACAUUUGGGAUUUGUUUACAAUGUAAAGCCACACUGGUUAUGUGGCUAGCAAGCUGUAUAAACUUAAAACUGAACUUUUAAUGGGGCUGGUCCAGGAUCUCCAUUAACAGAUUACUCUUAAGAUAAGUAACUUAAAAAGACUCUUUGUCAAGUAUAUGUGAAAAAGACAUUAUUAGUGUAAGGAAAUAUAUUGUUUCAGGGUUUUGGGAGGAGGGGUUUAUUAUUUACUUUUAAUUGCUUGAAAUUGUGUGUAUAUAUAUAUAUCUGAUAAUGUAUUGCUCUUAGACAUCUAAAAUUAGAAACUGUAUAAAUAUUAGAUGCAUCACUGUUCUGAUGUUGUUGCUGUUACAAACUAUUGAUAACACUAAGAAUGUAACCUGCAUUUUUCACUGAGCUUUCAAUUAAAGCCCAUUCAAAGAGAAACAAA